CACCCUGCAUUUCAACAACUUGACCGCACCCAUUUCCUUCCUGCACCACUUCAGCCUUCUCACCUACCUUGACCUCUCCUUCACUAACUUCUACGGGCCCAUCCCCUCUUCCAUCUCACGACUCUCUCUACUUUUCCACUUGAACCUUGAAAUAACCAGGAUUUCGGGACCCAUUCCCUCCACCAUCUCAGCACUCCAUAAACUCGGAGAUUUUGACGUGUCCAACACUCGCCUCACUGGCACAAUCCCCAGCACUAUUGGGCGGCUCACCAAUCUCGAGUACUUGAUCAUUUUCAACACAAACUUGUCUGGGUCGCUGCCAGCCUCCCUUGGUGCUCUCCCCAAUUUCAUUCGAAUAUUCACACCGGCAGCGGUGACAUGCGGCAGGGCUGGCAGCAGCUGUGAGAUACAGCAGAACGCCUCCUCCUUCUUCUGCCGGGCUCUCUGCUCUGACUUCUGUGCCUCGUGCACCCCACUCAACAGCAAACUCCGCCACCCUCCUCCCCCUCCUCCCCUCGCUCCUCCUCUCUCUCCCAGCCUCGCUCUCAUGAGCCCCCCGCCUCCUCCUCUCUCCUCUCUUAUUGCCGUCUCCUCUCCGCUCGCCUCUCCUCCUGCUCCUCCACCCUCCACGGGUUUGCCUACCUCGUGCGAUCGUGGGAAUAUCCGUGGGAACGUUCUGUCUUCUUGUGGCUGCUGUUGUUGCUGCUGUCGUGGGUGCUGGGUGUGUGAGACGGGGAGACCAGGGGUCGAAAAUACAGCCACUAGCUGCCUCAG